AUGUCAGCUACAGCAACGACCACCACCACCGCCGUUGAGCUGGAGCCAGUUUCCCGCGAUGCGCCCGCCUGGGCCCAGGCCACCGCGCCCACCGACCCCGACAACGUCGUCGAGGCGUCGCGCAUAGCCGAUGCCAGCGUCCCCGACGGCGGCUACGGCUGGGUCAUUGUCGCCUCCGGUGCGCUGCUGUCGUGGUGGUUCAUCGGAACCUCGUACUGCUGGGGCGUCAUCCAGAACGCCCUAGUCCAGCAGGGCGUUUCGUCAGCGUCGACGCUCGCCUUCGUCGGCUCCGUGACGGUCGCGUGCAACGCCGUCUUCGCGGCCGCCGCGGCGCAGGUCCUGCGCAAGCUGGGCUCGCGCUCCACCGGCCUCUUGGGCGCCUCCCUGCUGGGCCUGGGCUACGUGUUUGCCGGCUUCUGCACGCAUAGCGUCGCCGGCCUUUUCAUCACUGCCGGUCUGAUCACAGGCGUGGGCAUCAGCCACUGCUAUAUGACCGUCUCGACCAUCACCGCCCAGUACUUCAGCAAAAAGCGCGGCAUCGCCAACGGCAUCAUCUACGCCGGCGGGGGGCUCGGCGGUGCCGUCACGUCUCUGGCCAUGGAGCGGUUGAUCGAGGAGGUCGGACCGGCGUGGACGUUUCGAGUCAUCGGGCUGCUGACCCUUGGUACAUGCUUGCCGGCCGCCUGGUUGCUCAAGGAGCGCACGUCUAUCCAAUCAAAGAAGUUCAUUGAUUGGCGCCUGGCCAAAGAUUAUCGCUUCGUCACCAUCUUCCUUGCCGGGGCCAUAGGAACCUUCCCCCUGUUCGUUCCGCCCUUCUUUCUGCCGCUGUACAGCAACUCGCUGGGCAUGUCGGCCAGCACGGGCGCCGGCCUGCUGGCGGGCUUCAACUUUGCGAGCGCUUUCGGGCGCAUCGGAUGCGGGUUCCUCAGUGACGUCGUGGGCCCACUGAACACGCUCUUCAUGUCGUUCAUGCUGACGGCCUUAAGCAUGCUGGCGCUGUGGCCUGAAUCGACCAAGGUGGCGCCGCUUGCGGUGUUUGUGGUGAUCAACGGGGCAGCAAACGGCGGCUUCUUCUCGACCAUGCCGACAGUUGUGGGCAACGUAUUUGGAUCGGCCCGCGUGGCAGUCGCAAUGGCCAUGAUUGUCACGGGCUGGACUGGCGGAUACUUGCUGGGAGCGCCUAUUGCAGGAUUCUUGCUCAACGCCUACGGCGGUGAGAAGGCAGGCUUCGAAGCAUACCGGCCGGCAAUCUUUUACGCGGGCUCGAUGGCGUUGGCGGCGGCGGGAUUGACCGCUUUUGUGCGGCUCAGGAUCAAUCCGCAUGCAUCGGGCAAGCUAUAA